UAGUACAUUUGGGGGUCACGUAGCCGUUGUGGGCGACAUGGCGACACCCGGACCCGCCAGUUCCUUGAAGUUGAACCGAGAUUCACUUCGGCCUGAGGCGUCCGGCUCCAUGAGGAAGGGCGCCUGUCGCGAAGCGACCCUAAUCCCGAAGAAGCCAGACCCUUAUAUUUAUGUAGAGCUUUCAGAUUUCAGUGGGGUUGUCGUGGCGAAUCGAAUUCUAGAUAGGCUGUGGAUGCCGCUAUCACUACGUACCCGGGUAUCAUAA